UUCGCCGACCGGAGGCAAAGCCGACUCCUUGAAAGAAAGGUCAAAAAGUUUUGCUCUUAUUACGGUAGGUAGAAGAAAUAAAAAGGAAACACCCGAAGACCCCCUUGUUGACUUCUCUCAUAUAAAGCCGAGGAAAGCCUUCAUUACCCUCAACAAAAAAAACAUCAAGAACAAGAAUCAUCCAAACAUGUUGCCGGCGGCAGUGGCAACCAUGAUGGGGAUCAUGACUAACAAGCAGAGAAAAGGAAGGAGUGCACUAUCAGGGAUGUGGGCAAAUCUGGGCUCUACCAUAGCCACCUUCAUGUUUGCGUGGACGAUCAUCCGCCAAUAUUGUCCCCUUAUGCUUAACGGCUUCUUUGAAAAAUAUACACGCAGACUCAUGGGCUACUUCUAUCCCUAUCUUCAGAUUUCCUUCCACGAGUUCAGGGGAGGAAGGUUCGGGAGUAGCGAAGCUUAUGCGGCUAUUAAGGCCUACCUCAGCGCCAACUCUACCAAGAACGCUAAAAGGCUCAAAGGCGAGAUGGGAAAAGAUAUUAGCAGCCUGGUGUUGAGUAUGGACGAGGACGAGACAGUCACCGAAAUUUUUCAAGGCGCUGAAGUCUGGUGGCUGUCAUCCAAACUUGUGUCGAAAACAAGUUCUGUCCCACAUUAUCCUGAACCGGAGAAAUGGCUCUACGCGAUCACGUUUCAUAAGAAGUACCGUGAGAUAAUCACCGAGUCAUACUUGGAGCAUGUUCUGAGCAAGGGGAAGGAGAUUAUAUCAAGUAAAAGGCAGAGGAAGCUCUACACAAAUACUUCUAAUGACAGGUAUUCCUUCCACAAGCAAGCCAUGUGGAGUGAUGUCGUGUUUGAGCAUCCGGCAACCUUUGAAUCGAUGGCGAUGGAGCCGGAGAAGAAGCGGGAGAUCAUUGAAGAUUUGUUGACUUUCAGCAAGAGUAAGGACUUCUACGCAAAGGUUGGGAAGGCGUGGAAGAGGGGUUAUCUACUUUAUGGGCCCCCGGGGACUGGGAAGUCGACGAUGAUUGCAGCAAUGGCUAAUUUGUUGAACUAUGAUGUCUAUGAUCUUGAGCUCACGGCAGUGAAGGACAACACGGAGCUGAGGAGGCUUUUGAUCGAGACGACCAGUAAGUCUAUCAUUGUGAUUGAGGACAUUGAUUGCUCACUUGAUCUUACUGGUCAGAGGAAGAAGAAUACAGAGAAAUCUUCAGAUGAUGAGAACGAGAAGUUGAAAAAAGAAAUUGCCAAGAAAAAAGUGAAGGAAGACGGCAGCAAAGUCACUCUUUCAGGGCUGUUGAGCUUUAUUGAUGGGCUGUGGUCUGCUUGCGGAGGAGAGAGGCUGAUUGUUUUCACUACCAAUUAUGUGGAGAAGCUGGAUCCGGCACUCAUAAGAAGGGGUAGAAUGGACAAGCAUAUUGAGCUCUCCUACUGUAGUUUUGAGGGGUUCAAGGUGCUUGCAAAGAAUUACUUGGAUUUUGAAAUGCAUCCCAUGUUUGAUGCUGUUGAGAGGUUGAUGGGGGAGACCAAGGUCACUCCUGCUGAUGUUGCGGAGAACCUUAUGCCAAGGUCCUCACUGGAUGAUGCAGAGACAUGUCUAUCGAAUUUAGUACAGGCUCUCGAGGAAGCGAAGGAAGAUGGGGCAAAGAAGGAAAAAGCAGCAAAGAAGAAACACGAAGACGGGAAAGAGAAAGAUACGACCGUGGAAGAUGCUGCUCUCGAGGAAGCGAAGGAAAAGGGAGCAAAGAAGGAAGAAGCAGCAGAGAAGAAACACGAAGCGGGAAAAAGAAAGAUACGACAGUGGAAGAUGCUGUUGAAUCUCAAGUGGACGAAGAAGCUAAAUAACGAUUGUGAAUUAGAAAUAGCACAAUUUGGAAACAAUUUUCGUGUAAAAUAUUCCUGUGGCCAAGUGCCAAUAUGAUGGGGUUAUGGUUAA